UUAAUGUUAAGUCAAUUGACCCACCACAAAUAUUUUUCCUAUACAUCAUUCAUCCCUUACCCAACAUUUAUAUUCUCUAAAAACACCCUUUAUUCUCUAUCCCUAGAAAUACACUAGAAAAGAUAGGUUCAUUAGUACUUAAUUAGAAGAAGAAACUAGCUUAAUUAGUUAGAGGAGGAAGAAAAUAUGGGUAGAUCUCCAUGUUGUGAGAAAGAACAUACGAACAAAGGUGCAUGGACUAAAGAAGAAGAUGAGCAUCUCAUGAACUAUAUCAAAGCUAAUGGUGAAGGUUGUUGGAGGUCACUUCCGAAAGCUGCCGGUUUACAAAGAUGUGGAAAGAGUUGUCGAUUAAGAUGGAUAAACUAUCUUAGACCAGAUCUUAAGAGAGGAAAUUUCACUGACGAAGAAGAUGAACUCAUAAUUAACCUUCAUAGCUUGCUUGGGAAUAAGUGGUCUUUAAUUGCUGCAAAAUUACCAGGAAGAACAGAUAAUGAGAUUAAGAACUAUUGGAACACCUACAUCAAAAGAAAGCUUCUUAAUCGCGGAAUCGACCCGCAAACUCACCGUACGCUAAAUUCCACCACUACCAAUACGGCCGCCAUAACCAACAACACUACCAACACAUGUGCUACAACAAGGAACGUUGUAAGCAAUAAUAAUUGCUACAACAAAAAUAAGACGAAUUGCAACAAUAAUACUUUCCAAUUGAUCAAUGUACAAGGUUCAACAUUACAUUUUGGCCUAGGAUCAAAUCUCGAGUACGAGUUUACAACAAGUAGUAACGAUGGAAAAUACUAUUGCACUACUCUUCCUAUUAGUAGAACGUUCAACAAUAAUAUUAGUGAACAUUCUAAUAAUAGUAGUAGUAAUAGUGUUGUGACCAUGGAAGAAGGUUACAAAGAAAUUAACCUCGAAUUAUCUAUUAGCCUUCCUACCACACCCAAGAUUAAUUCGGCUAGUCAUGAAACUACGACGAGUCAACAACAACAACAACAAUAAUACACGACAAGAUACCAGGUUAUUGGGACGGCCACCAGUUUGCCCGUUUUUACUAAAGGGGGAAGUGUAUGUUUGUGUUAUAAUUUAGGGUUUCAAAAUAAAGGUAACCAGCAGUGUCACUGUGCUAUGACAUUGGCUACAACUGCAACAGCAGCAAUGUGUAAUAGUGGUCAAAUAUGAAUCAAAUUCAAGGAUUAAUCCACAAACAUUAUUUAGAACUUUUUAUUGCUUCAUAUAUGAUAAUGUGGCUUAAGAACUAUUUAACUUAAGUUGCAAAAUUGGGGUGGCUUCACUUACGAAUAUUGUAUUUCAUGUUAUAUUAGAUAUUGUAAUCACGAUUAAUAGUUUAGUUGGUAAAUUUUUUUGAAUGUUGUUACUCAUAACACUUUUUUUUUUUUUUUUUUUUUUUUUUUUUUUUUUUUUUUUUUUUUUUUUUUAAGUAUAUAACAGUCUCCAUAUAUAACUACUUCUAGAUUAUUUGAGUAUAUAUGUCUCACGUCAUUAUUAGAGAGUAAUAGAGAAUAAACAAAUAAUGAGUAGACUAGCACAAUAGUCAUACUCAUUCAUUUAGGUCAUCAAUUUAAUUUCCUUCUUUGCCUUCAAUUUAGAA